AUGGAGAGUCCGGCGGAAGGCACAGGCGAACAGCCUGGGCCUACACACACCCCAAACUCAGACCCAACAUCCAAGGGUGACAUGGACUCGACCCCUGGUCAAGCUGCCUCCAACUCUCCUAACGACAACAAGGAAUCUGCCCGCGAAGAAGGGAGCCUAGAGGCCAAUGAAAGGUUGAGCAGCAGCUUGCCUAACGGUGAAGCCAUGGCCCACCACAGUCUUCGUGAACAGUUGAUCGCAAUAGAGACAGAGCUCAAUUUGGUCGAUAGGCUGUUUGGUCUUCAGCACUGGGGAUUUAUCUGGGAUUCAAUGUUCUUCAUGCGUGAAAUGAGACAAUCGUACGAGUCGAUAAAGCGUUACAAACAGUCGCAAAAGGCAAAGGACAACAAGAUGUCAACCAAACCAAUUACCCCUGAAGAACCAGAGUCUGCAAGGCAGAUCAGCACCGCAGCCUUCUCGAAAGGCGAGCCAUCAAGGGUAUCCUGGGUGGAUUUGGACAUCUUUCUCGAACCCAAAAAGAUGUUGGAAAUGUCCAUCAUGAGCCCGAUCGAAGCCGUUAUUAACAACAAAUCCUUUCCUACUCCAGGGUCGGAUCGUCCAGUAGACAACAAUGGUGAUACGAUCGAAGCAAAGGAAUAUCAAAUGAGCUCCUCAUUGGGCCAACCCACUAUUCGAGGAGAAGAAGAGGUCCUGAAUGGUCACGACAAAGGAGAGCCUGACAAGGAUGAGCACAUUGACGAGGAAGAGGGGACAUCGACCUCCAUUACAGCCUUGCUGCACUUACCCUGCUUGUUAGGUUUCAUCGAUGAUGAGAUCAAACCAAAACUUGCAUAUAUCAGCAGUGAUAGUUGUCGCAAGAUUCUCUUCCACGAUCUUUGGCACUUGUUCAAGCAAGGACACGAGGUCAUUAGCCAAAAGGAGAAGCAGGCAUAUCGAGUUAUUCGAGUCCAGAUUCCCCGGCAUAAGGACGAAACCCCAGUCACCAUUUUCUGUGCCUAUAUCGACUUUGACGGUAAGCAUUUCGGCCCAGUCUCGGUCAAAUUCAACAUUUCGCCCUUUGGUGGACUUAGGGAUAUCAAAUCUCUGCCCAUCUACCCACUUCGGCUCACCAAAUAUACGGAGCUGCGACAAAAUCUCAUCAAGCGAGGGAAGAUGCUUCUAGACGUGUCCAAGUUUACGCCCAUGUAUUAUAUGGAUUUGACCUUGGAUACCAAAGACGAGAUUGAUAGCCGAGUGGUCGUUGACUUCAGCGAAGCGCUAGCAGAUGAGCAAAGGCAAGAAUGUACCCCAGCAAUCGACGCGCUCCAGACUGGCCCAGACGAACGGGGUGAUGAGAUGUCGCUCACCGAGUAUUUCGUCAAAAGCCUGAUACCCGACACGGCGUUUGGAGCGCCAUUCCUGAUUCUGGCGCCUCGGUCAUUGGAAGAGACCCAGGGUGCGUCGGAAGAGGGGCCAACGGACGAAGAGUUCGUGAUUAUGACAUAUCGGGUCUUUGCCGUUGUACUUCGCAGUCGAAAAUGGGGUGAUCUCGGAACUACCGCUCGAGAUGUCGAGACGGAGCUGGAGAAGAACUUCGCGCUGGUGAGUCGGUGGGGCUGUAUAUUGCUUCUGGACGAGGCUGAUGUUUUUCUAUCUGCUCGAGAACGGACUGAUUUCAAGAGAAACGGCUUAGUAGCCGUGUUCCUGCGCGUUCUCGAGUAUUACACCGGCAUCCUCUUCCUCACCACGAAUCGGAUCGGGGAUUUCGAUGAAGCCAUCGCCUCUCGAAUCCGCGUCGGCCUAUAUUAUCCAGAGCUCGAUGAACUAAAGACUAGAAAUGUCUUCAAGCUCAAUCUCGACCUGAUUCGCGAACGGUUCAACCGCCACGGCCGUAAAAUCACGUUCGACGCGUCUUCGAUUGAUGAUUUUGCCAAGCGGCAUUUCCACGAACAUAAGUAUACCCGGUGGAACGAGCGGCAAAUCCGGAACGCAUGCCAGACUGCCCUCGUCCUAGCCGGGUUUGAUGCCCAUGGGGCUAAGACACUUGGAGAGCUGGACAAGGAUGUAGAAGUUGAGCUCCAGCAGAAAUACUUCACAUUGGUCCAGACGGCGUAUCUUGGCUUUGCACGGUAUCUGGGCGAUAUUCGAGUCACACAGGGAGAUCGGAGGGCCAUCGAUUUGCGUUUGCGAGCGAAAACGGAUACACCAUACCAAACCAUACGGAGCCGGUUUUCUGUAGGCGUGGAACCAGUCAGGCUGGGCUUAAAGGACGGCUGGCAUUCACAUUCACACUCAGAGGCGCAUUAUCCCGUUAAGAGCGAUCCCUUCCAGCCUUUGGUAAACCAGGGGUACCCGACUGGCUCAAAUCCAGAGAUGGGACCGGUGUAUGGCCAGUACCCCCAGCAAGGACAACCCCUCGGACCGAUGGGGAAUACUGGAGGAGGCUAUGAAGCUCAACAAGGAUUCGCACAUCCUGGAAGCCAACCAGGUCAGGUAGACCCAAGGCUGUACCAAGCUCAUCAAGCGCGGCAGGUGGCGCAGAUGGGAGUCAACCAGCAAGGCCAGGUUUGGGGGAAUCCUAACUUGGGUGUCAACUACAGUCCCGCCGCCACCCAGACCAUUCAAGGACAAUCCCUAUACGCACAGCAGCUUCAGGGACAGCCACAAUACGGCUAUGUUAGUAUUCAACAUGGCGUCAGUACACAGAAUGACACUAUUCCAAGCACGGACGCUUCCUUGCAGCCGCCUCUGACAGGAGGAGGAAUAAGCGACGGAGCUGGUUUGACAGGACGGCCAAAGGGAGAGUGA